GCGAUAAUACCCUUCCCAAUGCCGGAAGGAAAGGGGAGGAGAUCCAAAGGAGGCCCCAGACAAAGGAAGAGCCAAUGGAUUUGGGAGCGAUGGAAGCAGCGAUGACGGGCGAGGAGAGCAGCGGGAGCUGGAGCUUGUCGACGAACUGGAUCGCCGCUGAGGGGUCCCUCCGAGACUCCAUCUUCUUCGAGACCUCCGACGAGGACGCCUCCCCCCCGACCUCGAGCGGCGUUCUCCUCGUCCGGCCGCCCUCCGACGACCCCCCACCUUGCGAGGUCACCAUCUCGUUCAGGGAAAAGCAUGAAAUUCGCAGGGUCUAUAUACGAAGUACAGCCCAGGUGUAUGAGAUAUACUAUGCUGCUGAUCAGCAGAAUAAAAGUAAGGAAUAUCUGUGUAGAGUACGUUGUGAUGCUGCUGCUAGAGAAUUGAUGCCACCAAUUAGUUCUGAGGGAGCUAUCACUGAAUGCCAAAAUGGUAAUAAUGAGACUUUGGAAAAACAUGGAAAGAUGGCCACAAGUGACUGUAAUAAUAGCGUUGAAGAUGGCUGGGUAGAAGUGAAGGUUCCUGAUUCGCUUCAACAAAAUGACCAAGCAAAUGCUUUGUCAAAGAAGAUUGAUGGAAAUUCCAGUGCAAACUUUCAGAUUCAUUAUGAGGCAAGAGCUGUGAUUUUUUCAGAUACUCCUUGUCUGUCCCUUACACUUCAGUUGCUUUCACUUCAAACUAAGACGUGCAUUCAUGUAGAGGAGAUUUAUGUAUAUGCUUAUCCUGUCGAUUCCCCCAAUCUUGAUCCUCCUUUGAGUAUGGAGGGAAACUUGGGUGAAAAUCCUCUGCUAGACAUGCUUGUUCCUAGGUUUCUGCAAUUAUCCAAAUCGGGUACUAGCAGAAUACAGGAUAAGUAUUUUUCUGUGGACACAGGAGUGCGAAAACACCAGCACUGUUUGGAUAAAGCAGCUGGACAAAGCAUCUUGGACAUGCAUGGGACAGGCCUCCAAGAAGCAACUUGUAGUAUGAAGGAGCCAAGUUUGGAGCUAUUGCAGGAAGAAACCAAGGUAAAAUCUGAAAAUAUACAAUUGGGAUUUGGCCAGAAAGUGACAGAUCGAGCUGAUCAAGAUUUGGGGCCAGUGCAUGAGGAAACUGAGAUAAGACCAGAAAAUGCACAGUUGGCGUCUAGCCAGAAGGUUACAGAUCAAGCAGAUCAAGAGUUGGGCCCAAUGCAGAAUCAAACCGAAGUAGAACCCGAAAAUGUACAGUUGAGAUCUGACCUGAAGACAACAGAUCAAGCAGAUCAAGAGUUGGGGCCAGUGCAGGAACAAACUGAGGUACAACCAGAAAAUAUACAGUUUGGUUCCAGCCAGAAAGUAACAGACAUGGAUCAGGUGCCAAAGUCUGUUGUGGAAGAAAAUAAUCCGGCCUACAGUCGUGUUGAGAAAGUGCUGGAUGAGCUGGUUUUAAGAAUGGGAAGAAUAGAAGCUUUUUGUUCAAGGUUUGAGGAAAACAUGAUGAAACCCCUUAGCUGCAUUGAGAUGAGGCUCCAGCAAAUAGAGCAGCGAUUUGAUGUAUUUGCUGUAGGAAUUCAGUCUUCUGAGAGAAACCUUUCUUCAAGGAUAUCAGCCCCUGAAUUUUCAUUUGAUGAAUCUGACUCAGAUAACAAAGGUUGCAACACUUCAUUCACAAAAGGGGUGGAUAUUUUAUCUACUGACUCAUCAUUUCCAGCUAAUGAUGUUGCAGUUUCUCUACCUGAAUCAAAGAUGUGCCCAGGUCUGGCCGUUAAGGCACCUGAAUUCCAUAAUCAAGAUGAUUUGUCAUCAUCAGCUAGUGAUGGGGCAACUUCCGUGCCUGAAUCUAAUAUGCAUCCAGGACUGGUAGUUAAGGUACCAGAAUUCCUUAAUGAGGAAGAGUGUACCAAUGCUGAGGAUACCUUAGAUUCAGUUGUGAAGGAUCACCCCCAGGAUAAAACAUCUCUAUGCAUUGAUGGUGCAUUAGCUUCAGCACUGGCAGCAUUCCUGAUGUCAACUACUGUCAAAUCUCCCAAACAUAUCCCAGAUGUGAUGGAAGAACCUCAUGGAUUUUCUGUUGGUAAUAACAAUGACCCAGAUUCCACUCCUGUUGGCACAUCUUCUGAAGGAUCUGAUAACUUGUUCAGCAAAAUUGACUUGGAGAAAAAUGGUGGUGGCACAUCGGAUGUAGUAAAGGAAACUAAUUGUAGUGGCUCUCUGUCGUCAGCUGAUGUGCUAGCUCCUGAUACAUCUUUAAAUGAAUCUGAUUUGAAGGAUAAGGGUUGUGAUACAUCAGAUGCUGCAAGAGGAGUUGCAGCUUUUGAUGACUCAUCAUUGUUAGCUGACAACACGGGCUCUUCUGUGUCUGUGCCCCAGAUUUCAGGUUUAAUAGUUACAGCACCUGAAUUUCCAGUUGAGGAAGAUGAUUUCAUUGAUUGUGGUAAUGCUUCAGAUUCAGAUGUGGAAAAUUUCCUUGAGGAUCAAGAGUCUGUGCCCACUGCUGGUAAAUCCACUUCGGCAUUGGGAGAAUUUCUUUCCUCAAGGAAAGUAAAAUCAUCUCACAAUUCAACUUUGUUGGGAGAAACCCUGGACCUUUUUAAUGGUGAUAACCAUAAGUUGGCCUCCUCUUCUUUUGACAUUCCCUGUGAAGGAAUUGAGAGAGUGGGUAUCGAAAACCAUGGAAAAGACAUGAUAGGCAAGGUUGAUUUGGAUCAAAUCUUCAGCUUAUUGCCUUCUGAUGGUGGGUUGGAACAGAGGGAGCGUGUCAAGCUAAGACACCAGAAUGGUUCCACUGAACCAACUAUUGAAGGAUCAACUACUAACUGCAUGGCCCUUGAAGAUGGCAUAGAACAGAAGGAUCAUGGGGUAAAAUGGUAUGGAUCAAAUUCCACCGAGUCAACUGCAACGGAUGAAGGAUAUUUCGUGCAGAAGGCAUCUGAUUUUAUGCACUUUCAAUCAAAUGGAGGCAUCCACAACAAAUGGCAUGAUGGAAGCUGGGUAGAUGAUAGUGAUGCUGAGGAAGCUGGACAUGCUAGCCAUAGCUUGAACCAACUUGGCAGAGGGUGGACAGAAGACUGCAGCACAGAUUCAAGCUUUGAUGAAAAUUUCAUCAAAAGUAAAGUUCAGAUUGACUGGUCAGAUGAGAGCAGCACAGAUUCCAUCGGAGGAUCUUUCACUGUUAACCACCAUAGUGGACAAGUUGCUGACAACUACAGAAGUUCACAGGCCUUUGUUGAUGAUUUCUCUGAAGGCAUUGGUCUAAAAUCUUCAGAUUUUAGAUAUGAGAAGUCGUUGGCAGAGCUGAUAUGGGCUUUUGACUCGACGCUGGAUUAUGAAGGUCAUACAGUGUUUGCUCCAGCAGGUUGGGGAACUGGAUUUCCACUUGAAGCCUUGCUGGGUGAAACAUCUAAUGUGGAGGUGCAAGUUUCUACUGUCAAGGAUGCUGAUGAUGGCAAAUGCAUGGCAGCUAAUCUAGUGGAGAUGGAAGAUCUUAGUGUACCAAGUGAGACAUGCCUAUGGGAUGCUGAACUGCAAGGUGAAAGGCGUAACCAACAGCCAUUCUCCAGCCUUAUUUAAGAUAAACACGAACGAUUGUACAGCACAUAAAUAAAAAGGAACUAUUCGUGGCCAGAUGAUUAUUUUAAGAGUAUAAUGGUUGGUUUUCUUCUCUUAUGGUUCUUUUAUUUUGUACACUGAUGUUAAUGACUACAAGUAAACUAAGGAAUGGAGUUCGUGGUUGGUUAA